CCUUCGUCUCCCCCCACCUUCAGGCUGCCUUUUGCCUCGCUUCCUGGUCGCUGGUUAUGUGGCUCUGCUCUCAAGUGGUGAACCUCGUCAGCUGCUCCAGGUUCUGUAUACCCGACCGCCGUAAGGACGCCACUCGUCGACGAAGGGCGCGCGUCGUCGCGCACAAGGACUCUCCAGCCGCAGCGGUGUUUGUCCCGUCGCUCACUGUCAGCCGAGUGGCGUUCAACGACCGUCAGCCUGCGCCACCGACGCGUCGCGAGAUCGACCAGCCGCCCUGUCAGCCGCCAUGCUACUUAAGGUGCUUGUUCUCUGGAUUCAGGCUGCGUGCGUUCCCGAGUCUUGUGUGGCUUGCCUCUCUUUGUGCCUGCUCCUCUGGUCGGACCUGUUGCGUCCGAGUCUAGCUGCGUCAAGAGCUCGACGUCGGGCGAAGAGUCAAGCGCCGCAAGGUAAAGGAGGCUGGCCUCAAGGUCGCUCGGAUGAGCAAAGGGUCAAGCGCCGCAAGGUAAAGGAGGCUAGC